AUGGCUUCCAACGGCGCCAACGGAGCAUCUCCGUCACCUCAGGUCCAACCCUGCAGGUACAAGGUCGGCAAGACGCUUGGUGCCGGUUCCUACUCCGUCGUCAAGGAGUGCGUCCACAUUGACACCGGUCGCUACUAUGCCGCAAAAGUCAUCAACAAGCGAUUGAUGGCCGGCCGAGAGCACAUGGUACGCCUUCGACUGCCUUCCUCUGCAUCCUUGACCAAGAAACUGACACAACCCCUCUUACAGGUCCGCAAUGAAAUCGCAGUCCUGAAAAAGGUCUCCAUGGGCCACCAGAACAUCUUGACACUUGUCGACUACUUUGAGACGAUGAACAACCUCUACCUCGUGACCGACCUGGCUCUUGGCGGCGAGCUCUUCGACCGCAUCUGCCGCAAAGGCUCAUACUACGAAUCCGACGCCGCAGAUCUUAUUCGGGCGACGCUCUCCGCCGUUGCUUAUCUACACGACCAUGGCAUCGUCCACCGCGAUCUGAAGCCCGAGAACCUCCUGUUCCGUACACCAGAAGACAAUGCAGAUCUCCUGAUUGCCGAUUUCGGACUGAGCCGCAUUAUGGAUGAGGAGCAGUUCCACGUGCUGACCACGACAUGCGGUACCCCUGGCUACAUGGCCCCCGAGAUCUUCAAGAAGAUUGGUCACGGCAAGCCUGUGGAUGUAUGGGCGCUCGGUGUCAUCACCUACUUCCUUCUGUGCGGUUACACGCCAUUCGACCGCGAUAGCGAUUUCGAGGAGAUGCAAGCUAUCUUGAACGCCGACUACAGCUUCACCCCCUUCGACUAUUGGCGGGGUGUUUCCGAUCACGCCAAGGAUUUCAUCCGUCGCUGCCUCACUAUUGACCCGAACAAGCGCAUGACGGCGCACGAAGCCCUGCAACACCCCUUCGUUGCCGGCUACCUCAACAAUGGCGAGGGCGAAGGCCAGAACUUGCUGCCCACUGUCAAGAAGAACUUCAAUGCUCGUAGGACGCUGCAUGCUGCAAUUGAUACAGUUCGUGCCAUCAACAAGCUUCGCGAGGGCCAGAGCAAUCUGAUGGACGGGGCCAAGUCGAAAGAGCCUGGACGUGGCGCUGCCGCACUCAAGACCCAGCAAAACGCAAGGAAGGACGAUAGCGCCAUCAGCCUCGGCAACGGGGCCCACAAGGACUCAGGCUAUGGAACGCAACCCGAAGCCGAUAGCAGCCAGAAUGAUGUGGUCAUGUCCGAUGCAGGCCCGGCACCCAGCAGUGUCCCAGCAAGUUUGCGGCCAGGCAGUGAGCAGAACAAGGUCGUGGAGACGAGCAAAGGACUGUGGAGUGGUCCAGCAUUGCGGCGAUAG